AUGGCUAUCGCCGGGAUACAUGAAGGUUUCGGGCCUCAAAAGGCACCAGAAUAUUUCUCCAGUAAGAUAUCCAGAACAAAGGCACUCAAAGAGCAACGGGCAAAAAUCUCCAGGUUUCUCAAGAACGUCCGCAUGGAUGUGGCCUCCCAUAGAGGAAGAGAAGAAAAAAAAAACGGCAAGGAAAACAAUAUUUUGGAUACAGGACCAGAGAGAGCAAGGAAACUAAGGGGCACAUUAAGGAAAAAUAAUGGGGACUACCUGAUGAGUUCGGAUGGAUAG